GCACAAAUAGAGAGACGACCUCCUAAAUAACAGCUACAUAACCGACAUGUUUCUAGUCAGAGGGGGAGUUCUUUUGGUGUUACUACUUCCGGGUCAGCGUCUCAGUUCAUUUGUUGACAUGGAUCUCGCCUCCAAGGACUCUUACAUUCAGAAAUUCGCAAGUAAAGUCUUUUCUCAACGAGACCAGGAGCCGAAGAAAAGACCGUUUGCUCAUUUUAAGGGUCAAAAUGACACCGGUGCUCCAAAGAAGAAGAAAAAGUGUAAAAAGAAACAUUUCAAAGAAAAGGGAGGCGACGAGAAGAAACCUACUCAGAAACCACAACAGAAGCCUUCAGCUGUUCCAGGAAAACAGAAAAGCCCGGCAGGAAAACUGAACGAGUCCAAAGCCGAGAGCGUAAACGGAGCUACGGCACAGACGCCCGCAGGAGGAAAUGUCAAGUCCAACUUCUCCACAGUAGAUGUUCUCCGCAAGAGGCUGCAUGAAAAGAUUGAACAGUCCAGAGGGCAGGGAGCCCCAAAGGAUGCUUCAUCCGAGGCGGUCCAGGCAAAGCGAGCAAAACGAAAGCUUGAACGGGAGCGUAAGAAGAGGAAAAGAAAAGAGUUUCGGAUGAAGAAACUGGCCGAAGAAAGUGGCCAAGAGCAGCAGCCAGAGAUAAAACAGGAAGUAGAGCAGACCCCAGCUGCAAGCAAAAGAAAUGAAACUGCCAUCGUCUUCAACAAGGUGGAGACCGUAGAAGAGGGAUAUGUAGACAAAAUGCUGAAAAAGAAGAACAAGAAACAGAGCAUGAAGGGCCAAAUAACACCGCUGACAGGGAAGAACUACAAGCAGCUGCUCAAUCGUGUGGAGGCGCGCAAAGCGAAGUUGGAGCAGCUGAGGGAGAAAGACGAGGGGAAGGCUCGCGAGAUGGAGGAGAAGAUGAGGUGGACCAACAUGCUUUACAAAGCAGAGGGACUCAAGAUCAAAGACGACGAGGAGAUGCUGCGCGCCUCGCUGAAGAGGAAGGAGAAGAGGCGUGAUCAGAGGAAGAAGCAAUGGAACAAGCGUAGCGAGAACAUCGUAGAGAAGAUGCAGCAGCGGCAGGACAAGCGACGAAGGAACAUCCAGAAACAAAAGAAUGCCAAAACAGAGAAGAAGAAGGACAGGGCGCGAAAGAGGGGCAGAGUGCUGCCUGAGGACUUGAAAAAAGCUGCAGUGUAGUGGGAAGAGUGUGUGUUAUGUUAUGUUUUACGACAAAACAACAUAUGCAAUGUCUAAAUAAGUAAAUCAGUCUCUUUUUAUGGACAUGAUACAAAGUUCUCCUGCUGUUGAACGUGUUGUACCUUCUUUUCCGUCUAGGAGUGAUGGUCAAUAAAAUGUGAUUUUUCUUUAUGAUGAA